AAGAGGAGAGCAGCGAGUGGCUGCAGACCAUGAGGGGAGUGGACUGAUAGACUGGGAAGGGGCUGCAUAACAGGACAGAGGAUAGAGGGAUGAUAACAAAGGGAGAUAUUCAGGAGGAGAGCAAAAAAGCAUGAGGUAGAGAGAGGGAGGCGUGUCAGGGACAAAGCGAGAGAAAGAGGGGAGAGGCGCUGUGAUAGGAGCGCUCAGCCGCUUUGCAGGAGAGGGAAAGAGAGGGAGAGAGAGGGAGGGAGAGGGAGGGAGAGAGGGAGAGACAAAGAAAGACGAGCGCGUAGUCCUGCCAGAGUAGAGGAGAGAGAGAGAGAAACGGGACGGAAGCACAGAGCGUGAAGCAAGCCUCUGUCAACAGGAGCCGCGGUCAGGCCACCAGCAAGGAACUAGUUCAGUGUGUUUUUCAGCUCCCUGCAAAACGUGACAGACGCAUGAGGACGUGCAUCUCCCUGCACACCUACUUCUCAGGAACCCAGCUCAGGAGGCAGGGGUGAGAGUUCAGAAUCCACGGCUCACCAGAAAGCGCCAGGAGGCGGGAAGACACCAUAAAGGACCAGCGGAAGGACACUGGAAUUUCUCCUCACUCCACUGGAACCAUGCAAACGGGAUUACAGCUUGUUUCAUUUUGAUCAUUUUGUUUUUUGCAUGUUGGAGAGGUGUCAUGUUUCCCUUUUAGGUUUUGAAAGUGAAGAAACUGGACCCAACAUACAAGCCCUGAGUCAAUCAAAGAUUCAAAGCUGACAGAGGGAGAGAGAACAAGAGAGGCAGACUGAUGGAAGACAAAAAAAAAAAGCUGAACAGAAAAACACUAAAUCAGGAAACCAAACAACCUGUGUAACCCAGCACACAAAUUGACACAGAGGAAUCGGCAGAAAAGCACAUUUAAGAAUUCGUAGCUGCACGGCACUGUUGUUUUCCUGAAGAAAAGAGGGGCAGAGGCUUGGUGACAAACUGAGAAGUCACACGCACGUAGCGCUGUGUGUCCAUCCCGCCUGGGACACAGAUACACCAGAGGACUGUGACCAUUUUCUGCCUUCCCAGCAACUCCUGGGAAGGCAGAAUCCCCCGAAGGCGUGAAAUAUCUGAGACCAACACUAGGACCAAAGGUCAUAUAGGAGAGAAGUAAAUUGCACUUGACCACCUUGUGAAAGAGGCAUUUAUUGGAAAAAUAACCACGAGAAGAGUGUUUAGCAGCAGGGCAUGCGCAGGUACUGGGACAGCUCUCCUGGCAAAACUCUGCUCUGUACUUGGACGUUCCACCUCCUUUUGUCCACCAUGAAGACACAAUAAAGAGCAAAGCCUUCACGCUGUCAGGGAAACGCUCUGCUAAGCAGCCACCUCCUGGUGACAAGUGCCAGUUUGGAGCUUCCAGAAAACACUGGAUCUGACACGGUUACCUUCUCAAUCUGACACUGAAUCUUUUUUUUUGGAUCUGACUUGCUUCUUUGUGGAUUGGAUUCACAUUCCAUCGUGUGAACAACAGAGACAGCCUUUUACCCCUUUCUCCAAGCGAUCGGGAUUCAUCUGGCCCGCCUGGUCGGCUUUAACUAGCCAGACGGUAAUUAAUUUCUGGAUAUUGACCUGGUUCUGCGCAAAUAUUUUGAUGAGCAUCGAAAUCAAAAUUUCUUCCAAAAGAGUGUCAAGAUUGAAUUAGCUGGUCACUGGGGAUCUACCGAACUCUAAUUAGUGUUAAUAUCAUCAGAUCAAAGGAUCUGUCCUUUGAACUCCUCCUCCUUCUCUGUCCAGGACAUUGAGAUCUGCCCAACAUGGCCACCCAGAUGCCCCUCCUGCUCGCCUUACUGUUGAGCUCCACCUCGUUGGCCCAGAAUGACAAGCAGGUUGAGAUGAACGGCACGGAAGCCAACUGGACCAUGGUGCCUUCAGCGGUUCCAGAGCUGACCCUGACGACACCGGGAGGGGAUGUGGAGAACCAAACCUCUGGGCCCGUGUUAAGCCAUUGUCGGGGAUACUACGACGUGAUGGGCCAGUGGGACCCGUCCUUCAACUGCAACGUGGGCGUCUACCUGUUCUGCUGUGGAUCCUGCUACUACCGAUUCUGCUGCAAGUUCCUAAGUCACCAACUGGACCAGUCAGCCUGCUCUAACUAUGAUACGCCGGUGUGGGCCAACACGGGAAAGCCGCCCGCCCCUGUCACAGAGGCCCGGGAGCAGCCGGAGUUGGACCGCACACACAUGAUCGUCUACAUCAUCUGCGGAGUGGUGGCCAUCAUGGUCUUGGUGGGAAUCUUUACCAGGGUUGGUCUGGACAAGAGCCGGCAAGGCCAGAAUGAAACAACGAACUCCAGGGGUCGGACUCAACUCCUGAAGCAGCCAGGGGGUGAGCUGGGGUGCCUCGAGGGGAUGGAGGGCCACCCACCCAAGGGGACCAAUGGACUCUCUGCCAGGGGGCUACGAGACAGAGGGUCGUCUCUAGAGCACAGCCAACUGAACAAUACCGCCCUUUCCCCGCUGUACCCACCGCUUUCCCUCACACACCCCAACAGCCACUUCAGCUCUUCCAACCUGGGCUUCACCAAGCACACGUCACUCAAGCUCACAGAUUCUGCCAGGGAUUACUAUAAAGGUUACCCCAUGGUGGACUAUGUCCACCACCAGCCCAAGCCCUCAACAUUCCACCCCAAGGAGAAGAGCUACCUGCCGUCGCCUGACAUCCAUUCCCCACUGCCCAUCACCUUUGCGGCCUCUGAGAUGCCAAUGUCGAAGAUAUCGAAGACCAAUCAGCAGCCCCUCACUUCCAGCUCCGCUUUCAAGGCGUGGGACCCAAGUAGAAGCUACGAGCAGCAGCCGGUGUCGCACCAGGAGCAGCCCUAUGACUGCCAGCAUGUCUACUCUGGAAAGAGCCCAUUCAACACCGAGACUCUGCCCGAGCUCUUCACUCAGCCCCUGGGGUAUGGACAACAGAUACACCUCUCCCAGAAGCUUAAGGGGGUGCCCACCAACAGCAAGACGGAGGUCACGGUCUGAGCGUUGGACCAUGGAGAGUGGGAGAGCGCUUCCACAAAACUGGAUGCAUGUUAAAUGUGGUGUUUGACAGUCUACAUCUGUAGUAAUGACAAUCAGCGAUCAUGACUCAUGCUUCCAUGAGGAAGGACACUUAAGAGGACACCUCAGCGUCUACCUCAUCGCUGCCUCAUGCAGGCCCUGCAGAUCUCCGAUGCUGGUAUCGACUUGGAGUAGGAGUCUCCGGUAGGGGGUGCAUACUGGUUUAUUAUACGCAUGUACGGAAAGCACAGCCCCGCCUGUCUCAGUUUGAAAGGAAAACAAACUAGUGUGGUCACGUCUUCCCAUCUUCCCAGGCGCAAGGUUCUACAGACCAUCCCAGCUGAAAAGCACCACUUAAGAAAGUUCUGCAUCUUUGGCGUAUGGGUCACUGGGGGAAUUAAGCUAUAUGCAAUUUUCUUUAAAGAGCAAUAAUGCCUACUCUACCAAGGACACCCUGACAGAGUUCAUGCCUGGCGCUUAAACUGACUGCACAGCUCGAAAAAGGCAGACAUCAUGAGACAUAGACCUUCUCAGUGUCUCGGCCUUGGAUGGGUCCAUUAUGUUGUGUUUCCAGCAGGAAGGGAUGGCUUCUAGUAUCCAUGGCUGACUUCUCUAACGCAGGGGGCCGGGACCCUCAGUAUCAGCUUAUAGACUGACCAGGACUUCAUCCAACUGCAUAACCAUAGAAAAUAUAAAUGAAACUCCCUCUUUCCUUUGGCUGUGAGCCAAAUAAAAAUUAAUUUCAGCUACAAAACCAUCAGUGCAUAAGAUAAGGGAUAUACAGUUCACAUUUGGUCACUAAGCACCAAGUUCUGCGCUUCGGCAUUAUGAUGGGGGGGGUCCCAGUUCCACUCAGAAGAACAAUAACCAGACUUUGGGAAGGCUUACUGUCAAGGGGACGGAUAUGUUAUAUAACAAGAUGGAGAAGUGAGGGGCUUCCAUUGUGGAGCCAGCUAUCUGGGGCAGGGCUGGUUGGUCAAAGGAUGGAAGUAUGUCCACUAUGGAACACUUCUAGGACAAAUGGCAUUUCUAUGAACCCCUGAAUGACAGAAUAUCCCCCAGGCAGCUGAAGCCUGCACCGGGGGUCAGAAACAGCAGAGCUGAGCAUGCAAUUUUGGUACCAAUAAAUGUGGGCAUCUGUGACCGGCCUAGGAGCAGGGGGACUGAGAGAUGCUGACUCAGCUGCAUGUGAAUGUCCCAGAGCUGAUGUCACAACAAAAUACCAACUGUGGAAGGAAAAUAAUGUAAUGAAGACGAUUAGAAAGGAAAUAUAUAUAUAUGGAAAUGCAAAAUGAAAAUGUAUUCUUGUAAAGAAUUAACUGCGGUCAAGUGUUUGAGCGGCACAUUUAAGACAAAAUCGAUUACCAACAAAUGAUGUGGCUAAUCCGAUGUUCAGAUGACAUUCACCGUAUUUGGUAUCUAUAAGGGCUUUUGAGAAUUGAACUGCUGGUUUUCCUCGCGAAGAAGAACCGCGAAUGUUGCGCCGACUUCGUUCAAACUGCAAUUUAAAUAAAUCAAGAAACUGCCUUCCAAACGAAACACAAGUUUAUAUGCUGACAAAUCGAGAAAUGAAAAGAGAAAAGAGCAGAUGGUGCCUCAAAAACGUGGUAAAACACAGCAUGAUUUUAUCUGAACGCAAAUGCCGAAGUCUGCUUUCAAAGGCCAGAACCGAAAACAAGGCAAACGAGCCUGGAUAAGGAAAGCAAUGCAGGAGAAACACGUGCGUGUGAUGUUUAAAUGUCAGUUUGGACAGUGGAAUGACACCAGCUUUUGGGAAAGGAAGAUGGAAUUAAUGUUAAACGGCAAUAAUCGUUUCUUGAGUACUAACCAUUUAAUUUAUUUACAUCCAUGCUUACGACUGCUGUUCUUAAUUCUUAGUUCAGGGAAAAAUGAGCAAAAAAGCUUAAAUAUGUAUUUGUAUGAUACACUGUAUAAAUAAACAUUUUAAACACGCACGCACGCAUUCUGAAGUGAAACCUAAGCAUUAAACUAAGCCAGCAGCUGAAGCGGACCUUUUACCUGGGUCUAAAGCCCCGCCUUGCCUAAACCCCCCCGGCAGUACCGAGCUUCUUCCCCCCGGGUCUGAUCUGCGGUCUUCCUGUAUCCUCGAUCAGUGUAAAAAUGAGCCAUACGAUUUUUUGAGAUGUCUGGAUUUGGGACAAUGUGCACUAUUUUUGACGGGACUGACUGUUAAAAACAUAGACGGUUAUCUAGUCAGAUGUAUUCAGUUUUUUGUUAAAUUGCAUCGAAGCGGCUUCUUAGUCUGAUAUUGUCUCUCUGUUACACGCACACGCACGCCGCGUUUGUAUUCAUAUAUUUGUUGGGACCGUCCAUUCAUUUCUAUGAAUCCCAGCAAUGACAACCUUGACCCCUACCCAGCCGUAAUUAACCAAAGUAACCAAACAAAAGACUUCUGACUUUUUUUCCGCAAGUGACAGAUUUGUAAAAAAUCCCCUUUGAGGACCGAAAAUGGUCCCACGAUGUCAAAAGGUUUUUUUUAAAUCACAUUUUGGGGACACUUGGUCCCCACAAUUAAACAUAUACAUAUACAAUAACCCACACACGUGUGCGGGUAUAUUAACCAGAUUAGUUCCCUGAGCUAAUCUGGAUUUGAAUGAUGUACUUUAGAGCAGCCUCUGUACCCGGUGCACCGGUCUCUCAGAAUCAAAAGGUGACAACGUCCUUCACUGUCCACCUGACACUGAGACCUGGCUGCAGUUGGCCAGGAACCGGGACCCACCGAGCUCUGUUUCAAACGACUGCAGCUCUUAUGUUUGGGCAAAAAAAACCGAUUUGUUCUAUAAGGUGACAGUGCUGAAAACGACCUGAUUUUACGUGGCAAGAACACUAAUUAUUUUUAACGUAAAGACUCGAGGUUGGAACUAUUACACAGCUAUUAAUUGUCCCUUUUUGUGAAAAACGUUACUAACUGUUUUU